AUCUCUCACUCUCCUUCCCCCGCAGGCUCGGCCAGGAUUUGCGUCAUGCGUUGCAGCCACAACGUGGUGCUCCUCUGCUUCAUUGGUGCUGUUCGUGCUGCCUGGAUCCGCGAUAGGACCGCAUCGGAGGAUACUGCUCUGGACUCGGAGCGCGUUUGGAGAGACGUCGCGGUCGUGACGCAUGAUCCUGCUAGCGUGGCCCUCCAACAUGCCCUGCCAUGCACCGGACCACAACAGUACCCACAGGCCUUGUAUUUUGACGGGGGAGCGCCUGCGGAAAAUGGACAGCAUAGGCUGCCCACGUUCGCGCGCUCGUCGGAACUCCCGGCGAUGACACGGGCAUCUGACAGUCUCGCCGUUGCUGCUCCAAAGUUUCCCUCCCUGCCAGUGAUACACACACCUCUACGCCGACAGUUAACGCAGUCGACUCCUGACACAUCGGUCUCUCCUACUACGGAUACGGGCGCCGUGUCACAAUCGUUGUCCACAGGUCCAGCCACCACAACGGAACCCACGGCCACUCCUACUUCUGGUGACGCCAGCAUCUCGCUAACACCUUCGUCCUCGGGAGACUCGCAUCAACCGAGUGCGAUCGCCUCACAAACAACUCCCACGGACCGUCUGGCCCCCUACAAGCACUCUCUUAUCAUCACCGUCGUAAUCCUCUCUGUGGCGCUCUUCGCCCUGGUCGUCGUGAUCGCCGUGCUGAUGUUCAGGAAGCGGAAGGCCAAGGCGAAGUACAUCGAGGUGUCCGCGCUUUCCGCCCCCGUGGUCGUGGGCGCGACAGAGGACCACCGCCGAUACUCGUACACGUCAGAGUCGAUCGCGGAGAGCAACCCCUUCAUCCAGAAGGAGGAGCGGGGACGUGGCCUGCAGUCGAGACGUUCGUCUGUCUCGUCGGUGUCGCGGUAUUCCCAAUGAUGCAGGGCCCGGUGCGCGUCGUUGGGAGUAGGGCUGAAGCACGUGGACUUUGGACUUUGUUAGGUGGACAUUUCUAGGAGAUUUAUCGAACAGUGGCACGCUAUUCACACUACAUUACUGUAUCAAUAACUAUCGGCAUAGGAUAUUCUUUGUC